AUGGGCCGCAAAGAAGAAAGUUAUCUGCGAGCCACUUUCUCUCUCGACUUCCUCCUCAUCCCACACCCCCACUCCCCCCCUCCCCCUGCGGCAUUUUGUGAAUGUCGUCGGGAGCGUCCAAGCCUCACGAACCCUCCGGACCGUCUGACAAUUCUCCGCAAAACUCAUCCCGGAAGCCCGUCCGGACCGGUCUGGAGCGUGGCCGGAACGCGUGAGCGCACACAACCGGCCGCGAGAACUGGCCCACCUUCGGCACACACUGCACGGCCAUCUGUCCGUCCCACGAGUGCACCAAUCGCAAUCACACUUCCCAGUUCCAUUUGGCCCGUUCCACAUGCUCCUCGAGGCCACCGAAACACAGACAAGACACACCUGAGCGACUGGUUGUCUCACCCAGGACGGGGCAAAUGGGUGUAUGAACCCGAUCGCGUCGGCAUAACUACGUUUGUUGCACCACUUGUUUAUUCUGACGCCCCGCCUCAUCCACUCCGCCCCGGCGUCCACUUCAUGCGCCGUCAUACGCUGCAUGUUUAUGUACCAAUCGCUCUCGGCCCCCAAGAGGGAGGGGCUGAGGCAAUCAUUUUUUGCGAGGGAGAAAGGGAGGGAGGGAGGGAGACCAACCCAAUCGGAUGUCAUACCGACAGCUUGGCAUCAAAAGAUGCGGGUGGCAAAACCACCUUCCACAAUCACGCACCGCUCCCUUGA